AUGAGUGGUGGAAGUCUAUGUCAGUACAAACACUCCAGACUCAGCGUCUAUUGGCAAAAAAACGACAGCGUUGGCGUCGUAUUUUCCAAGACCAAGACGAUCCAAGAAGGUUCAGGACCACGUGACCCGCGUCACUUGUACGCGAAUCCUUUAAGUCCGUCGACGUGCUGGAUAACUGUCCUGCAGUCUAUCUUCCGUGUCAUCCUCGGCUGGAACCCGGAGCACAUUUUCCAGGAUCCAACCAGAAACUACGUUUUGGCAAGAUUUUAA